AAAUAAAGCCGCGAUAAGUGUCAUUAAAAACAAAAACACUAAAUUAUAAUCCCAAGCAAAAAUGACAGAACGUGUGCAUCUUCAAUACGAUCAAUCAGAGGAUGAGGUUGAGAUAACAUCUCGUGUAAGCGGGAACGCCUUCGCAAAUUACUCCAUUUUAGUGGCAUAUGCCUGCGGUUUGUCGUUCGGCUUUCAUUUGACCGCUUUGGAAAUCAUAAAAAAGCUUUACUUCACGCACAACGCGCCUUACACGCUGAAGGAGUUCUACAUGCUGGCAUCGCUGCUGUUCAUCAGUCCUUUGGCGGGAAGUGUGCUAUACAACAAUAUAAAUAUGAAACUGAACCUGUGGAUUGGGCUGAUACUGCUUUUGCACUCGAUAUCAGGAAUCGGAUUGAUAUUCUCGUAUCUUCCAACGCUUUACGCUUUUCGGUGUGCUGCUGGAGUGGCAAUCGGGCUAUCCACCGCUGUGGUUCCGCAGUAUGUUAGCAGAAUCAAGAAAAAAAGGCGCGGCUUUUACAUCUUCCUCUUCCAAGUUUCUAUACUGACCGGUAUCCUGAUAGGACAGAUACUGUCAUAUUGUACAUCUACGGUCCUUUCGUUCCGUAUUAGUUUUGCGACAUUUUCGAUCAUCAACGCUGCUUGUGCCUUUAUGUCGCUUUCUAUCCAGCAGCUGGCAGAGAGCAAGGUAAGAGGAGAGUCUGGUGGGGUUCAUAGUCUCUUGACCAGCAGUAGACACAUCAAAUCGGUGCUUCUAGCACUGUGCAUACACAUUGGGCAGCAGAUGACCGGUAUAAAUGGUGUGAUCGUGUACUCAAACACGUUACUCGAAAAGAACCCCGGCAAUCCGCAGAUACGGACCAUCCUCAUAGGACUGUUCUCGCUUGUUGUCACUUUGGUAAGCUCCGCUUUUGUGGAUGUCUUUGGCAGAAAAGUCUUGCUCUUAAUGUCUUCCACGAUAAUUGCUGUUUCUCUGGCGCUGCUAACUACCAAAAAGUAUGUCUUAGCAGCUGUUUUGGCGUUCCAGUUCGGAUAUUCGAUCGGGCUGGGACCAAUAACAUGGCUGCUGACCAACGAGCUGUUCCCGAUUAAUUACCAGCAGGCAGCUAAUUCGAUAUGUGUGACCGCCAACUGGUUUUGCGCAUUUCUGGUGGUGAUAUCCUUCGAACAUUUGUAUUUGAGCGCUGCCAACGCGCUUAUCUGGUUCUAUGUGGUGUGUAUGGCCAUCUUUGCAGCCGUAUUUUUAUUUUACUACAAAGAGACAAAAGGCAAAGAACCAAAUUUUCAGUAAAACGAGAUACGCGUCUACGCACAGCUUUUAUUUUUCUGACAGUGUGUCUUCCUGUCACAGGCACGUAUGACCGGCAAAGAGUUUUACUCAAACUGUCACAUGGUGUUUCUCGAUUAGUUAUGAUCAAUGGAUUCACUUAUAGUGUUAUGACCAUGAACGGUGCUGUUCGCUCAUUGUGAGUGAUCCAACUGUUAAGGCACCUAAGAAAAACUCUAAAUUCGUCCGCUAGAUGAAUUAUCUGUGCUGCAAGAUUGUGGAAGCAACUCGGACAAGUGAGCAAUACAUAAUUUACUCACACAUAAGAAGAAAUGUCUGAUACAGUGGUCGUAAACCAUGUUUCCAGUGAUGUUCAUGGUGCCUCGGAUUUAUUGAAUUGAUCUAGCGUUAGAAGUGAAAAACGCAAUUGUGCAGUUCCGGACCUUGGUGAGAAAGG